ACCAGAACCACCUCCCCUCCUCUUCCUCAUCCCUCCCGUCCCUCCUUCACCUUCCUCAAACCUGCGGUCACUUGACCCGGGCGGGGCAGCCCCGUCCCGCCCCGGAGCGGGCAGUGUGGGGCCCCGGGCGAGCUGGGGAGCGCACGUCUUCCCGGAGAGCCGGGAUGGAAACGGAAUCGCCCCUCGGAAAAACCCUAUGAAGUCCCAGAGCAGGCAGGCACUAAUGCAAAAUGCCUUUGCAGACCUUCAUUCACAUGUGCUGUGAAAAUGGCCAAUGGAUGUCGCGAUUACCAGAGGAGCUCUGGGAUAUUCCCCUCUAUAACUUAGCUCUUCCAGGAAGUCAUGACACUAUGACCUACUGUUUGGAUAAAAGAUCUGCUGUUAGUGGCAAUGAAUCCAAGGUGGUGAAGUUUUUAAACAAAUGUAUGCCCUGCAUUGUGCGCCCCAUUAUCAUGAAAUGGUCUAUCACACAGGUCCUGACUGUGACAGAGCAACUUGAGGCUGGAGUUAGAUACCUGGAUUUCAGGAUUGCCCACAAGGCUAACGAUCCAUCUAUGAAUUUGUACUUUGUGCACAUGGUUUACACAACUGUUACUGUACAGGAUACUCUGUGGAAAGUAUUAAGGUGGUUGGAAGCUCAUCCUCAGGAAGUUGUUAUCUUAGCCUGCAGGAAUUUUGAUGGAUUAACCAGGAGACUUCACAGUCAUCUUGUUGCCUGUAUAAAAGAGAUUUUCCAGUGUAAACUGUGUCCCAGGAAUGUGAUGCCAACACUGAGGACCAUGUGGCAACUGGGCCAUCAGGUCAUAGUCUCGUACGAAGAGGACAUGGAACUGAAGGAGCACUGUGAGCUGUGGCCUACGAUCCCAUACUGGUGGGGAAAUAAAACAUCCACUCGUGCUCUUAUCCGAUAUUUAGAGCACAUGAAGCGGAGGGGCCGUCCAGGAAAAUUCUUUGUAGCAGGGAUUAACCUUACCGAAAACCUAGGGUAUAUUCUCCUACACCCAUUUGGAUCGUUGAAGAAAAUGACACUCCAGAGUCUUCCAUGCUUGAAAAUCUGGAUAAAGCAGCAGUAUCCAGGACCAAAAAAAGAAUGUAUUAACAUAAUUGCUGGAGACUUUAUAGGAAACAAUGAUUUUGUCAAAGAUGUGAUAGAACUUAACACAAAAAUUAAUCCUCCAUUAGACUGUCAAAGUAGAGGAGCUGGAACAAAUAACAUUUCAUUCUUUGCUUCUUAGUCUGUGAAAAGCUGAAAAGGCUUUGUCUGCAUUUAAUGUGCUCUUCUGUAAACAUCCUGAAUCCCAUAAAGGUCUUUUUAACUUAAACCAGGGAUGCUUUAAAGGCUCAGUAAGAAAAGGUCUCUCAACAUCAUCUGAGUUUCAAGACCUUUGGACCUUGCUGAAG